CUCUUCAAUCACACCUCCGUUCACCACACAUCAACAUGCUUGAGGCACGUCUCGAACAAGCCAACCUUCUGAAGAAGGUCGUCGAAGCCAUCAAGGACCUUGUCCAAGACUGCAACUUUGAAUGUAACGACUCCGGUGUCGGCCUCCAGGCCAUGGACAAUUCUCACGUCGCCCUCGUCUCCAUGUUGCUCAAGGCCGACUCCUUCUCGCCCUUCAGAUGCGACCGUAACAUCGCCCUCGGCAUCAACCUCGUAUCUCUGCAGAAGGUUCUCCGCGCUGCUCAAGACAAGGAUAUCCUCACCCUCAAGGCCGAGGACUCUCCCGAUGUUGUCAACCUUGUCUUUGAGAGCUCCGACAGUGACAGAAUCAGCGAGUACGACAUCAAGUUGAUGGACAUUGACCAGGAGCACCUUGGUAUUCCCGACACCGACUACGCUGCUUCCAUCACUCUGCCUUCGGCUGAGCUCCAGCGCAUCUGCAGAGAUCUGUCUGCUCUCUCCGAGUCUGUCAACAUCGAAUGCACAAAAGAGGGUGUCAAGUUCGGCUGCACUGGUGACAUUGGUUCCGGAUCUGUCACUCUUCGCCAGCACACCAACGUUGAAAAGGAGGACCAGAACGUCGAUAUCCAGCUGUCAGAGCCCGUCUCGCUCACCUUCUCCUUGAAGUACCUGGUCAACUUCUGCAAGGCCAGCGGUCUCUCCAGCAGAGUCAAGCUCUGUCUGUCGACCGACGUGCCGCUCAUGGUCGAGUACUCGCUCGCCAACAACAGCUACCUUAGAUUCUACCUGGCCCCCAAGAUUGGCGACGAGGAGUAGACAUAUACAUGACAGAAAAGUAGGGCAAGACAUAGGCAUGACAUGGUGUUUUCGGCGUUUUAAUGAUUUGCUUCUGGGAAAGAAGCACGCUGUGGAUGAUCAUACAGCGAGGCUUAGAUCGGAUGAUCAAUGUUUUUAUACCAAUUCCAAUGAGUUAAUUUACCGCACA